GAUUCUUUGCACGGCUGUUGCUCUCAUUCGCUGUCUUUCCAACAUGGCUAAUGUUGUGCAGUUGAGCUCGGAGCAGUUGCUACCGGAAAAACACAUGAACGGGGUGUUGGAAGCAGACGUAAAGGAGGAGGUUGAUGGCAGUCCUGAAGAAGCUGCUAAAAAGAAAAAAAAGAAGAAGAAAAAGAAGCCGGCAGCAUCUGGGCAGAAUGAAGCUGAGAAAGAACCUGAGAAAGCCAGUGUGGAUGAUGUAGCAAAGCAACUUGAAAAACAAGCACUGGAUGACAAGGAUAAAGAUGACGAAGGAGAUGAUGAUGCUGAGGGCGAUGCAGGAAAGAAAAAGAAGAAAAAAAAGAAGAAGAAAGGCCCCAGAGUUCAGACAGAUCCUCCUUCAAUUCCAGUCUGUGAACUCUUUCCUAAUGGAGUAUUUCCAAAAGGGCAAGAAUGUGAAUACCCAACAACAAAAGAUGGUCGUACUGCUGCUUGGAGAACAACCAGUGAGGAGAAGAGAGCAAUGGAUCUAGCCAGUGAAGAAGUUUGGAAUGACUACAGGCAAGCAGCUGAAGCACACAGACAAGUGAGGAAAUAUGUCAUGAGCUGGCUAAAGCCUGGAAUGACGAUGAUUGAGAUCUGUGAAAAAUUAGAAGACUGUUCUCGAAAGCUUAUCAAGGAAAAUGGUUUGAGUGCUGGUCUGGCAUUCCCCACCGGUUGCUCCUUGAAUAACUGCGCUGCACAUUAUACUCCAAAUGCUGGUGACACAACAGUGCUACAGUAUGAUGAUGUCUGCAAAAUAGAUUUUGGUACUCAUAUAAAUGGGCGUAUUAUUGAUUGUGCUUUUACAGUUGCAUUCAAUCCAAAAUUUGAUAAACUCUUAGAAGCUGUAAAAGAUGCUACCAAUACAGGAAUCAAGUGUUCGGGGAUUGACGUUCGUCUUUGUGAUGUAGGUGAAGCUAUCCAAGAAGUGAUGGAGUCAUAUGAGGUUGAACUUGAUGGCAAAACUUAUCAAGUGAAGCCUAUUCGAAAUCUAAAUGGACAUUCCAUUGGACCAUACAGAAUACAUGCUGGUAAAACUGUUCCAAUUGUUAAAGGUGGAGAAGCCACAAAAAUGGAGGAACAGGAGGUUUAUGCCAUAGAGACUUUCGGCAGCACCGGAAAAGGUGUUGUGCAUGAUGACAUGGAGUGUUCCCACUACAUGAAGAACUUUGAUGUUGGACAUGUGCCAAUUAGGCUUCCAAGAGCAAAACAUCUAUUAAAUGUCAUCAAUGAAAAUUUUGGCACCCUUGCCUUCUGCCGCAGAUGGUUGGAUCGGCUUGGGGAGAGUAAAUAUUUAAUGGCUCUGAAGAACCUAUGUGACUUGGGUAUUGUGGAUCCACAUCCUCCUCUGUGCGACAUCAAAGGAUCAUAUACAGCACAGUUUGAACACACUAUUCUGCUGCGUCCAACCUGUAAAGAAGUUGUCAGCAGGGGAGAUGAUUACUAGGCUUGUCCAAGUCAUUUUUAGGAUUUUUUUUUCAUGCUUUCCUGAGAAGCAGCAUACAAUGGAAUAAGUUUCCUGUGUAUUUUGUCUUAACAGUGGACCUGCACUGUAUUUGUCCCAUUUGGAUGGAAACCAUGUAAUGGAGGUCAGGAUGUCUGAACUCUAGUUUUUAAGAAACUUUCUGGUAUUUAGAAGGAUUUCAUUUUGUUUAUAAACAUUUAUUGCUUUUUCCCUGUUUGGGGAAUAGAUGGCAAAAUGUUUCAUUUUGAAAUAUUAAGAUGCUUACAUUUGAUUCAUUAUGUUCGGAUAAGCACUUAAAAUACAGUAUUCAUAUUCCCCUCGCAUUUUUUUUUUCAUAUAGCUAUUUACUAAUUCUAGGUGGUAUCAUCUUAAUGAGCCUACCAGAACAUUUCCCAAAAUAUGUUUUGCAGAAUAAAGAUUUUUCAUAUCUGCCUUAA